GGCUUCCGGCCGGCGGUGUUCGCGGACUGCGGAAGCGAGUGCGGCGGCAGCGGACUCGGCGGCGACCAUGGCUGUGAACCUGAGCCGAAACGGGGCGGCCCUGCAGGAGGCCUACGUUCGGGUGGUCACCGAGAAGUCCCCGACCGACUGGGCUCUCUUUACCUAUGAAGGCAACAGCAAUGACAUUCGUGUGGCUGGCACUGGGGAAGGGGGCUUGGAGGAGAUGGUGGAGGAGCUCAAUAGCGGGAAGGUGAUGUACGCCUUCUGCAGGGUGAAGGACCCCAACUCUGGCCUGCCUAAGUUCGUGCUUAUCAACUGGACUGGCGAAGGUGUGAAUGACGUGCGGAAGGGAGCGUGUGCUAACCAUGUCAGCACCAUAGCCAGCUUUCUGAAGGGUGCACAUGUGACCAUCAAUGCGAGGGCUGAGGAGGAUGUGGAACCCGAGUGCAUCAUGCAGAAGGUGGCCAGGGCCUCGGGUGCCAACUACACUUUCCAUAGGGAGAGCAGCCGCUUCCAAGACACAGGCCCCCAGGCCCCUGUGGGCUCUGUGUACCAGAAAACAAAUGCUGUGUCUGAGAUCAAAAGGGUUGGCAAGGACAGCUUUUGGGCCAAGGCCGAGAAGGAAGAGGAAAACAGGAGACUGGAGGAGAAACAGCGCCUGGAGGAGGAGCGGCAGCGCCUAGAGGAGGAGUGGCGGGAGCGGGAGCUUCGGGAGGCAGCUCUCCGGGAACAGCAGUAUGAGGGGCAGGGCAGGAAGGCUGCUCCCCAGAGCAGGAAUUACGACCAGCAGGAAGUGAUCUCCAGGAACAGAGAGAACCAGGAGCCUCUUUCUCAGCAGCCAGUACAUCCACGGGAGAUUUUCAAGCAGAAGGAGCAGGCUAUUUCCUCAUCUACCUCCAGUUCCCAGCCAGGCAAGCUGAGGAGCCCCUUCCUUCAGAAUCAGCUCGCCGAGCCAGAGAUCCCCCUCAGUAGAGAGCCAGCUCCUGCUUCCUUAAGGCUCAGGGAAGAUCUCCAUGAAGAGGCAGUGCCGAGCUCUGCUCAAAGUCCAGUGCAGGCAGAGGAGGAGGCCACAUAUGAGGAACCCCCAGAGCAGGAGGCAUUCUACGAGGAUCCCUCAAUGCUGCAGCAGCAGGAUGCUGGUUCUGCGCAUGCCGACCACUACCUGGGGCUUAGUGGGAAAGGACUCUGUGCUCGCGCCCUUUAUGACUACCAGGCAGCCGACGAGACAGAGAUCUCCUUUGACCCUGAGAACCUCAUCACUGGCAUCGAGGUGAUUGAUGAAGGCUGGUGGCGUGGCUAUGGGCCAGAUGGUCACUUUGGCAUGUUUCCUGCAAACUAUGUGGAGCUCAUUGAAUGAGGGCCCUUCACUGCUGCUCAAGGCUGAGGUCUGGCCUUUCCUUCCUCAGCCAGGAGUGCUUUCCUUAUGGCUGGAAAAAGCAAUUUCAGAGAUACGGAUGGCAAUUUUCCAUGAGUGGGACCCCGGAUGAAGAUAGACCUUGGGACUUUUAACUGGCAUGGACUCUGUCUCAAAUGCAGCAAUAACCCAGUGAUUCCUAAAUAUGCUUCCAACUGCUUAGACCCACGCAGAUCUGCCUUUUGAUAAUUUCUAUCCAAGGAUAAUGGCUGUGCAGUUGUGAGAUCUGGCAGAGAUCUCUGCCGUAGCCUUGCAUUUGCCUUUUUUUUCCCUUUUCCUCUUGGUUUUUAAGGGUUAUAACUACAGACAAGUAGUGAUCUUGGAAACAGUAAACUUAGAAGUUGUUGACAGUUUUGCAGCAGUAGAUUAUCUCUUCUGCUGUUUCUCUUUUCUGUGUUCCACUGCCUAGGCAGUGGAGACAGAGAUGACCAAACCCCCACUUAAAUGUGAAGGAAGGUGAAAACAUCAAUAGACAUAACUGGUCCUUCAUGUGGA